AUGUAUAUGGCCGUCACAGCGGAGAAUAUAGUUUGCCAUAUCGCAGAUGCUUCCGUCGUUUCACAGAUGUGCAAUGCACGUCAAAGCUUCCGCAAGCCGAUUUGGCAAUAUGGGUUUCUCAAGCUGUACGGACCUAAUCUACUUACAUGUGAAGACCAAGCUUGGGCGCAUCACAGGCGUCACACAGCACCAACCUUCAACGAGAAGAACAGUGCACUUGUUUGGGAAGAGUCUAUCCCGAGUACAAGGGGCGACCUUCGAAAGUUCAGCCUGAAUGUCCUCUCUGGUGCUGGCUUCGGGGUGAAGCUUCCCUUCAAGCAAUUACCACAAGAGUCGAACGACGACCCCAAUGACAUGUUCAAAGUUACAGCAAAGCCUCCAGCGGGGUUCAGCUUCACCUUCCGGUCUGCUGUGGCGUAUAUGAAUCUAAGGAUCAUGGCGGUGGUUUUGGCAACUAUGAUCAUACCGAAAUGGAUUCCUAGGUCGUUGAUUCCAUGGCUCAAGUCGGACUUUGAAGCUCAUAGGGACUUAGAGGCUUAA